GGCUCUUGUAGGUAGUUGUUGAAGCGGUAUUCGUCAGUCGGCUUUCUGUGGCGGUAGGAUUGUUUAUAUUUAUCGAAGUGAAUAGUUAUUGUCGUUUUUUUCAAAAUGAGCAUUGAAGAAGACGUCAUGCGUAUUCAAAAGAAGCUCACGAAAAUUACUACAGGGGAUGGUGGCCAAGAACAAGCUUUAGAGCUGCUCAAAACUCUCCAAAAUCUACCUGUCAAUCUUGAGAUUCUCACUAAGACUAGAAUCGGAAUGACAGUCAAUGCCCUGAGAAAGUCGAGCACUGAUGAUGAAGUUAUAAGCUUGUCCAAAACACUUAUCAAGCACUGGAAGAAAUUUUUAGGAGGCUCAAAUGUAAGUAAGGAUAAUAACUCUACUCCUCCCAGUUCUUCUAAUAAAAAUAAGACAAAUAAUAAGCCAAAGGAGGAUAGGAAAGAUGAAGAAAAAAAAGAGAAGCCUAAACAGACUACUUUCCCAGCAGUGAACACAACCGACGCCGUGAGGCUAAAAUGUCGUGAACUUCUUCUGGGAGCACUUAAAAUUGAUGGAGCUGAACAGGAAGGCUGUGCUCCCGUGGAAGAUUUGGCUGAAGAGUUGGAAGAAGCCAUUUUCCAAGAGUUCAAAAACACUGACUCAAGAUACAAAAACAGGGUGAGGUCUCGAGUAGCUAACCUGAAGGACGGUAAAAACCCCCAGUUACGGUCCAAUUUCCUUGCUGGAGCUAUAUCUGCACAAAAACUUGCUGUAAUGACUGCAGAGGAAAUGGCCAGUGAUGAAAUGAAAGCACUUAGGAACAAGUUUGUGAAAGAAUCCAUUGAUGACGCUCAGUUGGCAACGGUACAGGGUACUAAGACAGACUUGCUCAAGUGUGCCAAAUGUAAGAAGAGGAAUUGUACCUAUAACCAGGUACAAACAAGAAGUGCUGAUGAACCUAUGACAACAUUCGUACUGUGUAAUGAGUGUGGUAAUAGGUGGAAAUUCUGUUAAGCUUUUCCAUUACCACUUUUACUGUAUUUUAUAUAAUUGUAAAUAUUUCAUUGUCUUUUGUUGGUGCAAAUCUUAUGAUGAAUGCGUGUGUUUUGACGGUAUGGAUGUCUUCUUCAAGUCUGCCUUUUUUUGUUUUCUUAUUUGUAAUAUAUUUUGGUGUUUCUCCAAAAAUUUACUAAUGUUAUUCGUCUAAAAAUUCUUAUAGUUUCAUUUUUAUUAUUAUUUUU